AUGGUAAAGUCAUCAGGAAGCAUGGUAUCAGAUUCUUUAGAAGAUUCAAACUUCAAGGAAUCACUGAGGGAGUUUCGAACAGAGCAAAGUCUUUUGGUUUGCUUCUUUGAAAAUGAAAAGUUGUUUGUUGCCUCGAUUCCACAACUUCGGCAUUCACUUGAGAAUUCCAAAAGGUCUUACACUUGUUAUCAGUCUAUUUAUGGGUAUCAUAUGGAAUUCCCUAAAGGAUAUGUUAACUUCUCUACGGAAUCUGUCCAGGGCUUGAUCUGCUUACAAGAAUCAGGAACGCCUAUAGUUUGGAACCCUAGUACAAGACAGCUAUUAACUUUACCCAAACCAAAAUUUAGCUGGAAUGACGUUAAAUUUUUUUUAGGUUACGAUCCGGUUCAAGGUAAACACAAAGUAAUGUGCAUACCUCUUUGUAGAGUUUCUAAUAAAUGCCGGGUGCUAACUUUGGGAUCAGCUCAAGAAUCAUGGAGAAGUAGAACAAUAAAAUCUCGACAUAAGCAUCGUUCAAAAAUUCAGUCUUCUGGUCGAUGCAUCAAGGGGGUUGUAUAUUAUAUAGCCCAAAUCAUUUAUACCCGUGUUUGGGUUGUAAUGAGCUUUGAUGUCAAAUCUGAAAAAUUCGAUAUGAUACAAUUGCCAUCGGAUAUUAAUCAUGAUAAAAGUGUUCUCAUAACUUAUGAAGGGAGGUUAGCUUGUGCUCGAGUGUGUGCCAUGAAGGGUGGUAGAAUUAGAGGGGAGCGUUGUACCACAUUGUGCAUUUUGGAGGAUACAAAGAAACACAAGUGGUCGCGUAAAGAUGUUUUACCUGUUCAUUUUGGAGUACCUCCUGGUUUGACAACUUUUUUAAGAUUUGAAGGUUGCACUAAUGCUGGUGAGUUUAUUUACGAAGUAUCCGGGUUUGAAAUGGUGAGUUAUAUUUUAUUAUAUGAUCCCGUGAAACGAAGCUGUAGACGAUUCGAACUUAAAGGAAUCACAGAGGACACAUCGAUGUAUGUGCUCCAUGCUUUCCCGAAUCACGUUGAGAAUCAUGCAAACGAUUAA